AGUCAUUCUCCACUGACGACCGACGGCACCUACAUGUGCUCGCUAAUAUUUCGUAACUUUAUUUUAUUUUUUAUACUCGUCCGGAUGGUGCGAUAGAAAUCAUGGAGCUAGAAGACACGAAUAUUACAAACUUUAAAACCAACGUGACAUUAGACCAAGUGAUGGAUUUUUUUAACUUGAACCUUUCUAAUGUGAACCAAAGUGAAGUGUCACAGAUACAUUUGUUCGAUCUGUAUGAAGCGUACAAAACUAUUGAGAAGGAACAGUUAAUGGUGUACAAGUCAGUGGCUUACAUUAUCGGGACGCUCAUCAUUUUGAGCAACUUAACAGUUGUUAUAUCUAGCGGACUGAUACUAAGAAAAGGUCAACAACCAAAGAGCACGUAUCUCCUUCUUGGCAAUGUUUCUCUCGCUGACACCAUCGUCGGGUUCUCCCUCAUUUUCGGAGUCACAGUGGACAACUCUGUGAGUUCCAACCCCUUGUGUAUCUUUCAAAUAGGUAUGUUAGUAUGUCCAGCCAUGGUCUCCAUUUUCAGCGUGGGUGUCAUCGCUGUGGACCGAUACAUCUAUAUCCUCCACGGUCUAUAUUACCAAAGGUGGUUCAACACCACUCGAGUCAGAAUCGGAAUCUUAUGCAUUUGGAUGAUCGGUAUAACUCUUGGAUUCAUGCCAGCUACUGGAUGGACUAACACAGAGUUGAUCGUCACUCGAUGUUACUACGUCUCUCUCUUCCCCGGCACUCUUAUACUUAUCAAUUCAUUCCUUAGUAUUGUACCAAUUAUAGUAGUCCUUGUCCUCUAUACCAUUAUUCUAAUAAAAGCCUUGAAAACAGUCAAUGUUCUAAACAAAAGUGCUAAAAACAGCAAACCUUACAGGGAAAACAUGAAUUUCAGAAUCUCUCGUGGUAAAGCUAACAAUGUGUCGAGCACUUCAUCAAUUGAUGUGGUCGAAAAUAAAUCAACACCUAAACUAACGAAGAGUGCAUCUUACAAUAAUAAUGUGUAUGGAAGUGGAGAUGGAAUUGCAAAACCGACCUUAACGACUAAAUCUAAAAGUAACCAUGAACUCGGUCUUACUCAAACGAUGUCAGCAAAUAACUUUGAAAAUAUUGGCAAUCGAAGUAAAUCUCAGAGCGAGUCAAUGUUUAGCAUUUGUACAAUUCAAUCUCAAGGAUCCAAUCCUGACGUCUCAAUGCCGAAUCUCAAACCUUCAAGGUUUCAAAAUCAAGUGAGAAAGAUUUGCAACAUAAAUGCUCUAUCGCGCAGGCCGAAGGAGCCAAAUAAAUGGAGGGCGAUUACAAUAGUCAUGCUAACUUCUGGAAGUUUCGUAAUCACCUGGAUGCCAUUUUUCAUUAGUGUGACGGUGUUCGUGUUUUGUGAAGAUAAAUUGACAAAUCCUAGAUGUAUGUAUAUUAGGACUUUACUCGGCGGUCCUUUAGCAACUCUUGCCUUUUUGAAUAGUUUAUUGAACCCCUUGAUAUACGCGUGGUGGCACAAAGGCUUUCAAGAAUCCGUUAAGAACUAUUACAGAGUGUUUGUAUUAAAUUGUAUUUGUAGGAUUAGUAGAUAAUACUACUUAGUACUCGUUGUUAGAAUUCUCAAUUAUAUUUUAUCCAAAGUUAUCCAUGACAUUUUCACGGAGCUCUCUAAUUGUGUUGUUGAUAUUAUGUGGAAUGGUUUUGUGUACUCACCUUAUUGAAACUUUACUUUUAUUUGAUUCUGAUUUGUAAUUAAUUAUCAUGAACUGAUGAUAGGUAAUAAUAACCGUUGUUUCAUUUUGAUGUGUUUACAAAUCAUGUUGAGUCAAUUCAAAUGUUACCAGUGCUCCACCGCCUUAGUCACUAAUGAGACACCAGGUACACUUGAAAACUGUAAAAAUUAGUGUUCGUAAUGGUUUAAUACCUAGUAUUUUAGAUUAUUGUAUGUUUGUGAUAACUUAAUCUAGCUUUAUGUAAUCUUUGUUAUUAAUAUUUGUAUAUAACUAUGUUAUUAAGUCCGUAAUAUAAUACCUACAACGUCAUCUAAGAGACAGAUCUACGGUACAUUAUUACAUAUGAUUACGUUGUAUAUUCUAAAAUGUGUUUUAGCACCUUGCGUUAAAGUCAUUUUCUGAUCAUUCACAAUUAUAUUUAUCCCUUAGAUAAUAAACAAGUCAUUUAUAAAGUAGAUAUUGAAGCAAAAAUUACAUAAUCAAAUCUCAUUGGCUCUAAAUUAUCUGAACACGAUUUGUCUGUCAAUGAAUCGUCUUGUUGCUUUAUACAUCAUCUUUGUAUGUACCUACUAACGUAUUUUAAAAGAAGUCUACUCAGAAUAAAAGGGCACCAAACAUUUCCAAGCCUCUAAUAGAUAGAGAUCAAAUACAUAAAUAUUCCCUUUACAAUUUACACAGGUAUAUUCAUAUCCACAUUGCCAGCGAUGGGUUGGACAGGGCGGACGUUCAGGGACUUCAGAUGCUGGUACAUCGCUGUCUUUCCCUCAGCCC